UGUGUUUCUGCCAUUAGGGCCCCGGCGUGACUUUCACCGGGUUGUUAGAGGAAUUGUGUAAAGAAGGCGGAAUACGACCACCCGGUGCUCGACCAGGAACUCGUCAAAAUGAGACUAUUAACAGCGGGGUUGUGUUUGGCACAGACGCAUAUUCUGGCGCCAGGAAGCGUCACUCUUAAAAAGGUUCUCAUCAACAGUUGUCGGACAUGCGCCUCUGGUAUCUUUCCCAACGAGAGGAUCCGCAACAUCGGGAUCUCGGCUCACAUCGACUCGGGGAAGACCACCCUAACCGAGCGUGUCCUCUUUUACACCGGCAAAAUAGCACGCAUCCACGAGGUGAAGGGGAAGGACGGCGUCGGAGCCACCAUGGACUCUAUGGAGCUGGAGAGACAGAGGGGCAUCACCAUCCAGUCCGCUACGACGUACACCGUGUGGAAGGAUCACAACAUAAACAUCAUUGACACACCAGGUCACGUGGACUUUACCAUCGAAGUGGAGCGAGCGCUGCGGGUGCUGGACGGAGCCGUGCUGGUCCUGUGUGCGGUGGGGGGCGUCCAGUGUCAGACCCUGACCGUGAACAGACAGAUGAAGCGCUACAACGUCCCCUUCCUCACUUUCAUCAACAAGCUGGACCGCAUGGGCGCCAACCCCAGCCGAGCCCUGCAACAGUUGAGAACCAAGCUGAACCAGAACGCAGCCUUUGUGAACAUCCCCAUCGGGCUGGAGGGGAACGUACGCGGCAUCAUCGACCUUGUGGAGGAGCGGAGCAUGUAUUUCGAUGGACCUUUUGGUCAAACCAUCCGCUACGAUGAGAUCCCGGCAGAUUUCCGCGCUGAGGCUGCAGACCGGAGGCAGGAGCUGGUGGAGUGUGUGGCUAACGCUGAUGAAAUCUUGGGAGAGAUGUUCUUGGAGGAAAAGAUUCCAACCAAUGCCGAGCUGAAGGCUGCAAUCCGCAGGGCCACAGUGCAGCGUCUCUUCUCCCCGGUGUUGGUGGGCACCGCGUUGAAGAACAAGGGCGUCCAGCCUCUACUGGACGCGGUCCUGGAUUUCAUGCCAAACCCUUCUGAAGUAAAAAACUAUGCUCUCCUCAACGACGAAGUUGGCAGCGAAACAUCAAAGAUUCAAAUGGACCCAGCAAGAGACUCUGUAAACCCGUUUGUGGGUCUGGCCUUCAAACUGGAGGCGGGGCGGUUUGGCCAGCUGACGUACGUGCGGGUGUACCAGGGCUGUCUGAAGAAGAGCGAGUACAUCUACAACACACGCACCGGCAAGAAAGUCCGAGUUCCGAGACUUGUGUGGCUCCACGCUGACCAGAUGGAGGAUGUGGAUGAGGUUUAUGCAGGAGACAUUUGUGCUCUGUUUGGGAUUGACUGUGCCAGCGGAGACACUUUUACAUCCAGGACCAGCGCUAACUUCUCCAUGGAGUCCAUUCACAUCCCAGAACCGGUCAUUUCCAUGUCAAUAAAGCCAGCCAACAAGAUUGACUUGGAUAAAUUCUCCAAAGGUAUUAACCGGUUCACCAGGGAAGACCCAACUUUUCGAGUGCACUUUGACUCUGAAAGCAAAGAAACCAUCAUCUCGGGAAUGGGAGAGCUGCAUCUUGAGAUCUACUCACAGAGGAUGGAGAGGGAAUACAACUGUCCCUGUGUGAUGGGAAAGCCCAAAGUAGCUUUCAGAGAGACGAUUACCAGCCCUGUACAGUUUGACUUCACUCACAAGAAGCAGAGCGGCGGCUCGGGGCAGUACGGUAAAGUUAUCGGAGUCCUGGAGCCUCUUGAGCCAGAGCAUCACACCAAGCUGGAGUUUGAAGACCAGACUGUCGGAACCAACGUCCCGAAGCAGUUUGUACCAGCUGUGGAAAAGGGCUUCAGGGACGCCUGUGAGAAGGGACCCCUGAGCGGCCACAAGAUCUCAGGAGUCAGGUUCCUCCUGGAAGAUGGAGCGAAUCACAUGGUGGACUCCAAUGAGAUCUCCUUCAUCCGCGCAGGAGAGGGCGCUCUGAAACAAGCGAUGGAAAAGGCCAACACGGCCAUCCUGGAGCCCAUCAUGGCCGUGGAAAUCGUCGCACCGCAGGAGUUCCAGGGGACCGUCAUUGCCGGUGUGAACCGGCGGCACGGAGUCAUCUCGGGUCAGGACGGAGCCGAGGGAUACUUCACUCUGUACGCUGACGUUCCACUCAACGAUAUGUUUGGUUACUCCACAGAACUACGCUCUUGUACUGAAGGCAAAGGGGAGUACAGCAUGGACUUCAGCCGAUACCAGCCCUGCCUGCCAGCCUCAAAGGAGGAACUCGUCAACAAACACCUGGAGGCAACCGGACAGCUUCCCGCGAAGAAGAAGUGGAAGAACUGAAAACUGUCCGAUCCAAAUGGAUGCGCCUGGACUUUGACCAACGUCCUUCAUCUUCAUCUGUGACGCGACAAUAAGGCUUUAAUUUGCCAUGAAAAACUUGUUUUGGUAGUUUGAGCAAUCUCUCUCCCUAAUGUCUGGACUCCCUGUGAAAAACAUAUUUAUUACUUUAAUUCUUCGCACCAUUUGGUCUUGUUAAUGAGGAGAGCCAAGUGUUUUGACUUGAGCUUCUAAUGUCUUUUGUACUAUGUACAGAAGGUCGUGAUGUCAUAAUGACUGCAACAAAGAUAUAUACCCGUCUUUUAAAGUGGAGUUCCAUGCAGAUCA